AUGUCUGCCUCCUCGUACAACAGUCAAGCGGGAACAUGGCAGGAGCGUCUGGAAGGCGGCCGUACCGCCUGGUCCAGCCGAGUCACCGUCCACGGACGCACCCUCUCCGCACGAUUUUGGUACGACGGCAAGAACCUCAACAAUGCGAAAGAAGACGCCGCCGAAAUGGCACUCAACUACCUCACCGGAUCGAACCCCAGCUCGCCAGCCAACAGCAGAGGAAGCUGGUGA